UAUUGACCUGGUCAUGUCGGCUCAUCAGCAGGGCACCGAGCUCGACCUGAGCUGGAUCUCCAAAGUACAAGUGAAUCAGCCGGCGGUGCUGAGGCGCGCCCAGCAGAUCCAGGCUCGCAGGAGUUUGAAGAAGGAGUGGCAGGCUGCUUGGCUCCUGAAAGCUGUAGCCUGUAUGGAUCUCACCACCCUUGGCGGAGAUGAUACAGCUUCCAAUGUUCGAAGGCUCUGCUAUAAAGCCAAGUAUCCAAUUCGAGAAGACCUCUUAAAAGCUCUAGAUAUGCAAGACCUCACUACAGCUGCUGUGUGUGUGUACCCGGCCCGGGUGUGUGAGGCUGUGAAAGCGCUCAAGGCUGCAGGCUGUGCCAUCCCUGUGGCGUCAGUGGCCACCGGCUUUCCGGCUGGACAGACUCAUUUAAAAACACGCUUAGAAGAGAUCAGAUUGGCUGUGGAAGAUGGAGCCACUGAAAUCGAUGUGGUGAUUAACAGGACUUUGGUGCUGACAGGCCAGUGGGAAGCCUUGUAUGAUGAGAUUCGUCAGUUCCGUAAAGCCUGCGGGGAGGCUCAUCUCAAAACCAUCUUAGCAACAGGAGAACUUGGAUGUCUCACUAAUGUCUAUAAAGCCAGUCUGAUAGCGAUGAUGGCAGGAUCAGAUUUUAUUAAGACUUCGACUGGAAAAGAAACAGUAAAUGCCACCUUCCCGGUAGCUAUAGUGAUGCUACGGGCCAUUAGAGAUUUCUACUGGAAAACUGGAAACAAGGUUGGCUUCAAACCCGCAGGGGGCAUCCGCACAGCCAAGGACGCGCUUGCUUGGUUAUGUCUCAUCAAGGAGGAGUUGGGCAAUGAGUGGCUAACGCCAGAGCUCUUCCGAAUCGGCGCCAGCGCUCUGCUCCUGGACAUUGAGAGGCAGAUAUACCAUCAUGUGACUGGACGCCAUGCAGCUUCUCAUGACCUGCCUAUGUCUUGAGUCAGUGACCCAUACCCGAAAAGUUCUUUGCGAUCAAGUUUGGAAAUGACCUUUCUGUAUCAUUGCUGCAAUUAUUCCCUUUCCUUUUUUCUUUUCUUUUCUAGUAGUGGAGUGGGUGAUUGACUUUUCUCCCUGCAGAUGUCUAUUGAAUUUAAUCAAAAGAAUAAAGAAAAAUAUCCAACCACAUCUUCCUCCUCACACAGUGCUCAUUUUAGACUCCUCUAACAUGCUCUUAAUUAUGGCAAGAUCUGCCACUGCUAACUUGGGACGGCUUUCAAAAACAUUGAUAAUGUUGACACUAUUACAUCCUCAGGGAAAAAUUGUGAAACCAGCCCAAGAAACAUGCUGUCCUAGAAGACAGGGCAGUGUUCUGAGCUGCCCCUCAGCACUGGUUUCCUUCCUGGAAGACCCGCCUUGUCCACUCCUUUAUGAAUUGUCUCCUAAUGUUAUAUGCAAUUAUUGUCCUGAUGUUAUAUGCAAUUAUUGUCAUCAAAUUGCUUUAAAUUACCUGUUUAUUUAAAAAUAAACACAAACUUACAUCGUCA